UCCGUAUCUUACCUACCUGUCUUGGCCCGAUAGACGGCAUGAGUCCAACAAGUGCGCCGGUCGUUGUGUCAGACCAAACAUUUUGUCCGAGACCACCAAGAAGGGAAACGGAUUUGCUUCUCCUUCCCCUGCCCUGUUUCGGGCGCAAACGGGCGCCAUCGUCGUCCUGUUCCACAGCCAGCAAUCGCAGUCUACUAAGAAGGCAAACCCCUCGAAACCGUCCAAAGCACACCUACCAACCUACCUACCUUGAAGAUGGCGUAAGCAAGAGAGGACAUGGGGCAAGACGAGAGAAGGACGGAAGACGAUCCGUGCAGACACACGCAAACAAACAUACACGGGCUGCCGGGUUCCGCGCGGGGCCGUCACCCGCACGACAGGCGUCCCCUGGGGACUGUCCUCUUCACCGCUACGGUACCCUGCCGCUCCCUUCGGCCGCAGCACUGCACGUCCCUGCGUCCACUAUCCCGCCGGUGACGGCCCCGCGGAACCCGGCAGUCAAGUGUGUCAACCGGAGCACUCUGUUUGCAGAAUCAACCCAGGUCACAAAGUCUGCAAUAGCUCAGUGCCGUGGAUUGCCGCAUGGUGCUUCACUGGCAAAAACGAGUCGUCGCUUGGACCCUUGUCUUCCAAGGGCGCAACCGUUUAGAGGAACAAACGUCAUGAUUACCGGCCCUUGACGGGAUCUAAGUCAUGUUUCGUGCGCAUGCCAUGAUGGACCGCGGUCUGGAAACAACCUUGAUUUGGUUGGCUCUCAAAACAACUCUCUCAUCUACCACGCCCUCUGAUUGAGAGGAACGGGGUUCUGCGAGAAAUGAUGCUCUUGUCUAGAACCCUCCU